CGCUUAAUCGGACGGUCGUGCUGUUGUAGCGUUCGGAUCAGGAGGCUGGGAAACAUAUGCAGGCGAUAUCAAAACGGAGGUUAGUUGUGUCUGUGGCUGGACACUGAGGAAGAGGAUGGACCACAUCUGACCCCUGACAUCAUCAGGCCCCUCCCCUCCUCUCUCUCUUCUCUCUCUCUCUCUCGCGUGUGUCACCAUGGCGACGUGUGGGCGGGGCUGCCUGCCGGCCGUGCGUCUGUGCCACCGGCUGACCCGUCUGAAGACGCUGCAGGUGGACGUCAUGGCGACGUCUCUGAAGCGCUGCUUGACCACGCUGGACCUGGCGCUGCUGGGUGUGGGCGGCAUGGUGGGCUCGGGGCUCUACGUGCUCACGGGCACGGUCGCCAAGGAGACGGCGGGCCCCGCCGUGGUGCUGUCCUUCCUGAUGGCCGGCGUGGCUUCCCUAUUGGCCGCCCUGUGCUACGCCGAGUUCGGCGCGCGCGUGCCCAGGACAGGCUCCGCCUACAUGUUCACCUACGUGUCGGUGGGCGAGAUCUGGGCCUUCCUGAUUGGCUGGAACGUGAUCCUGGAGUACAUGAUUGGCGGGGCGGCGGUGGCGCGGGCCUGGAGCGGCUACCUGGACGCCAUCUUUGACCACCGCAUCCAGAACUUCACGGAGACCCACGUGAUGCGCUGGGACGUGCCCUUCCUGGCGCGCUACCCCGACCUGCUGGCGUCCGGCGUGCUGCUGCUGGCCUCCUUCAUCAUCUCCUUCGGCGUGCGCGUGUCCUCCUGGCUCAACCACAUCUUCUCCGCGGUCAGCAUGGCGGUCAUCGCCUUCGUGCUGGUGUUCGGCUUCGCGCUAGCCGACCCGCAGAACUGGGGGGCGCGUGAGGGCGGCUUCGCCCCGUUCGGCCUGUCGGGCGUGCUGGCCGGCACGGCCACCUGCUUCUACGCCUUCGUGGGGUUCGACGUGAUCGCGGCGUCCAGCGAGGAGGCGCGUGACCCCCAGAAGGCCAUCCCCAUGGCGACCGCCAUCGCGCUGGGCCUGGCCGCCACCGCCUAUGUGCUGGUCUCCGCCGUGCUGACCCUCAUGGUGCCCUGGCACUCGCUCGACCCCAACUCCGCCCUCGCAGACGCAUUCUAUCGCCGUGGAUACAGCUGGGCUGGCUUCAUUGUGGCCGUGGGCUCCAUCUGCGCCAUGAACACGGUGUUGCUUAGCAACCUGUUCUCGCUGCCGCGCAUCGUGUACGCCAUGGCGGAGGACGGGCUGUUCUUCUCGGUGUUCGCGCGGGUCAACCCGGUGACCAAGGUGCCGGUGGUGGCCAUCCUGGUGUUCGGCGGCCUGAUGGCGCUGAUGGCGCUGCUGUUCGACCUGGAGGCGCUGGUCCAGUUCCUGUCCAUCGGGACGCUGCUCGCCUACACCUUCGUCGCCGCCAGCGUCAUCGUGCUGCGCUUCCAGCCCGAGAGGACGCACGCGUCGGACGGCGGGGGACAGAAGACCGACGCAUCGUCCAGCGACACCACCUCCGCCUCAGUCACGCCCUCCCCCGGGGUCGUCGCCACGGCGACCACCCCCCCCUCAGCACCACCGCCCCCCCCCCCAGAGGCGCUGGGCCGAGGCGGCUCACGCUGACCUGCGCCGGACGACGAGAGCCCAAGAUGCAGUGGGUUCUCGGACAAGCUGCAGCUGGUGGAGCGGGACUGUUACCAUGCCGACGGGACGGGCUCGGGGGGCGUCGGGGGUGAGCGGCGUCCCACUGGUCACCUGAAGGCGCGCUGGGAGCCCUACCUGGGCCGAGCGCUGGGUCGGCUGGACCCCGGCCAGGCCGUGACGCUGGCGGUGGUGAUGCUGAUGGUCAGCGCCGUGUCGCUGUGUUCCGUGCUCGUGUUCGGGUCCGGUCCACUCCGACUGCCCACCUGGAGCUUCGGCCUCCUGCUGACCCUCUUCAGCCUCACCUUCCUGCUCAGCCUUGCCCUUAUAUGGGCACACCAGCAGAGCCCUGACCUCAAGACCUUCCAGGUUCCUCUGGUGCCGUUUGUGCCGGGUCUCAGUAUCCUGCUCAACGUGUUCCUCAUGCUCAAACUCAGCCCUCUCACCUGGAUACGCUUCACCGUGUGGCUCGCAGCAGGUCUGCUGGUGUAUUUCGGCUAUGGGAUCUGGCACAGUCUGCUGGUGUAUUUCGGCUAUGGGAUCUGGCACAGUAAGGAGGGUCUGCGUGAGCGUGAGCAGCAGGACGUGGACGUGGCGGCGCGUUACGUGGUCCUGCCCAGCGGCAGCCUGGUGGAGACCGUCCAGUCCGUCCAGCCGGAGGGCCAAGAGCACACACACACACACACACACGGACACGGACUCCACGCUGGCCCCCAAUGACCACACACACUCCAACAGAUGAGUGUUUGGGGCAGCACUGAAAGCAACCAACCCUGCUGUGCCUGUUUCCUUUUUGUUCAAGUUGUUGUUUAUUCUCUUUCUGAAAUCUUUUGUAUUUCUCUCUCUCUCACUCACACACUCUCUCUUUCACUCUCUCACUCUCUCUCUCUCUCUCUCACUCUCUCUUUCACUCUCACACUCUCUUUCUCUCUCUCACUCACUCUCUCUUUCACUCUCUCCGUCUGUGUCUGUGUUUCACUCUUUAUUGUCUUUAUUUCCUGGUGCUGUGUCCAUUUGUAACACAGUUUUGGUUUGUUUACCAAGAGAGCGGAGGCCUUUAACACAGUUUUGGUUUGUUUACCAAGAGAGCGGAGGCCUUUAACACAGUUUUGGUUUGUUUACCAAGAGAGCGGAGGCCUUUUGUGGUUGAAACGGAACAUGUGUGUGUGUGUGUGUGUGUGUGUGUGUGUAUGUACUGUGUGUGUGUGUGUGCCCUGCAGUACCCCUCGCCCUGUCUGCUCAGGGUGCUUUGCCUCCAUCAACCGUCUCAUUUAAGCUGGAGUGUUGUUAAGAGUGUUGACAGGCUUCCUCCAUGAUAGUUUGCUCUCUCUCUCUCUCUCUCUCUCUCUCUUUCUGUUUCUUUCUGUUUGCUCUGAGUUCUGUAUUUAGUUAAACAGGGUGUGUGUGUGUGUGUGUGUGUGUGUGUGUGUGUGUGUGUACUCUGUCGACAAACAAUGUCAAGUUACUGAUGGUUUUUGUUUGCUUUGCAUGGUAUAAACUGGUCUCAAUGGGUUGGCCCUGAGGUUGGUUCAUGGGCACUCCCAUGGCUAUCUGUAGCCGUCUCACAUAGAUGAUGUCAGCUGCUUCCAUGAUGACACUUCUUAUAGAAUGCUGCAUUGUUGUUGAUGUUGCUGCAGCUGCUGCUGUGUGUUUAUUUCUCUAAGUAGCUGCCGAUCCAUACCUGUGUGUGUGUGUGUGUGUGUUUGUGUGUGAGAGGGGGUGGUGAGGGUGGUGGUGGUCUCAUGGCAGUUAAACCAGUAAACAUUACAGGGUUUCAUAUAUUUUACAUACAGAGGAGAGUACUAAUCACAUAGUGAUGAUAUCAUCAUACGUGUCCCCACUGUUGUUGUUCACUGUUGGUUGUAGAGCUGAUAUGUUACCAACAGACAAAAGCUAGCUAGCUGUGGAGCUGAUACGUUACCAACAGACAAAAGCUAGCUAGCUGUAGAGCUGAUACUUUAUCAACAGUCAAAAGCUAGCUAGCUGUGGAGCUGAUACGUUACCAACAGACAAAAGCUAGCUAGCUGUAGAGAUGAUUGUUAUCAACAGACAAGACUAGCUAGCUGUGGAGCUUAUAUGUUACCAGCAGACAAAAGCUAGCUAGCUGUAGAGGUGAAACGUUAUCAACAGACAAAAGCUAGCUAGCUAGCUGUGGAGCUGAUAUGUUACCAACAGACAAAAGCUAUCUAGCUGUAUAGCUGAUACGUUAUCAACAGACAAAAGCUAGCUAGCUAGCUGUGGAGCUGAUAUGUUACCAACAGACAAAAGCUAGCUAGCUAGCUGUGGAGCUGAUAUGUUACCAACAGACAAAAGCUAGCUAGCUGUAGAGCUGAUAUGUUAUCAACAGACAAAAGCUAGCUCGCUAGCUAUAGAGCUGAUACGUUAUCAACAGACAAAAGCUAGCUAGCUAGCUAGCUGUGGAGCUGAUAUGUUACCAACAGACAAAAGCUAGCUAGCUGUAGAGCUGAUACGUUAUCAACAGACAAAAGCUACCUAGCUAGCUGUGGAGUUGAUAUGUUACCAGCAGACAAAAGCUAGCUGGGUAUAGACCUGAUACUUUAUACUUUAUCAACAGUCAAAAGCUAGCUAGCUGUGGAGCUGAUACGCUACCAACAGACAAAAGCUAGCUAGCUGUAGAGAUGAUUGUUAUCAACAGACAAAAGCUAGCUAGCUAGCUGUGGAGCUGAUACGUUACCAACAGACAAAAGCUAGCUAGCUGGGUAUAGAGCUGAUACAUUACCAACAGUCAAAAGCUAGCUAGCUGUGGAGCUGAUACGCUACCAACAGACAAAAGCUAGCUAGCUGUAGAGAUGAUUGUUAUCAACAGACAAAAGCUAUCUAGCUAGCUAGGUGUGGAGCUGAUACGUUACCAACAGACAAAAGCUAGCUAGCUGGGUAUAGAGCUGAUACGUUACCAACAGACAAAAGCUAGCUAGCUGGACAGUAGCAUUGCACACAGCAUUCCAUUAUUAAGUAUCACUGUCCAGAUGUGUGAUGCUCAUCUUUACUUGGUACCACCCCUGCUGAAAACACCAGCUAGAAACCAGCAAUAUGCUGGUAGCUGGUUUUAGCUGGUCUUUGCUGGUUUUAGCUGGUUUUUAGCUGGUUUUAGCUGGUCUUUGCUGGUUUUAGCUGGUUUUAGCUGGUCUUUGCUUGUUUUCUUCCAGCUCUAGCCAUCGUGGGUGUUGAAUGCUGGACUGAUGUGUACUGUUUCAAUGUCAUGUGUCUCAGUCCCCUGAGGCUCAGAUUCACUCUGCUGAGACGUCUACAAGUGUGUUCUGACUGAGAUUCACACGUUCAUUUCACAUACAAAGAUAUGGUAUUUAAUCAGCAGUCAUUGUAUUUAUUCAUAUUUAUUUGCCAUUAAUAUGUCUGUUAUUUAAUGCCUCUAUUUUAUCUAUUGUGUAUCUUGACAAAUGUCAGAUAUAAAACCUUACCUCUCUCUCUCUCUCUCUCCCUCCCUCCCUCCCUCUCUCCAUUAUAUGACCUGGAGUGUUGAAGCUCAAGCGCCGCUUGUGACGAGGGUCCUUGCGGUGUCCGUUCCCACGACAAAUUAAAACAUUCUCAUCUAGA